CAACUUUAAGCUAAUAUUACGUUCAAUAGUACGUCAAUAGUCAUAUAUAUAAUUAAUUAUUUGAAAAAGUUAAAAAUAUAUAAAUAAUAGAAAAAUUAGCAAUUUAAUUAAUUAAAUACAUAUAUUAAACAUGUUAUAUGGGUUUUAUACGUGUUUAGUACGGGAGCCAUCAAAUAAACGGAAAAAAUGAAACGACUUAACAAUAAUACGGAUACAGAAGUUUUAAACGGAUAAAAUACAUACAGGUACAUAGACGUGUAUUAAACAUAGUAUUUACUAAUUAUGCGUCAGACAAUUGCUAUUGUUAUGUGUAUCAUUGAUGGAAUUCAUCCGCCUAACGGGCGGGCUCAGAUCUACUAGUUAUUGCAAUGUGAUUAUUUGAGUGAAAUCUCAAUUCAACAGAUACCCGUAGGUGCAUAGGUAAUGUUAUUAGGGUCGUUUGGAUGAGAAAUUGUAACGGAUCAAUUUGACACAAUUGUCUCGUUUUGAGAUAAUUGUACCAAAUUGUCUCGUUUGUCAGCAAAAAAUUUGGAUGGAUCAAUCUGCCUGAGGUAUUUUGAAUUGAUCCGUUUUGAGUCAAUUUCAAUUACCUGGGAUGGGGGCAGGUAAUUCGAAUUGACUCGUUUUAAACGAGACAAUUGAUCAAAUUGACUCAUUUCUAGAUUGAUCCAUCCAAACGACCCAAAUAUUUUCCUACAAACAUAUCACCAUAAAAUUAUUAACAUUCAUAAAUUAUCCCGGAUUAUAUUGUAGGACUAAUAAUAACAUUUAUAAAUUAUUUAUAUUGUUCCAAUUAAAUACAAAAGGACGUGGUUUUCCCGAAUAGAGUGAAAAAUGAAUUGGAGUUUUAGCAAAAUUCAAAUCCGACACCGAAUUCAAAAUAAGCUUAGAACUAGUGUUCAUUAAACCGUACCGUACCGGCGGUUCAACCACGAAAUAUCAGUAUCGGAGGCUAAACCGAUAUGCGACAUUUACCGGUAUAACGGUUGAACUACGGUUAAACCACGGUUUUACCAUAAAAUACCCUACCACUGACUUUCCCGAUACGGUCUCUGAUACGGUUUCAUGGACCAUGCUUAGAACCUACACUCCACUCAAACUCGUACCCAGCUUUAACCGAAUCGAGUACCGGUAGAUUCGUAUCAAUUACCAUUCGACGGCCUGCACCUUAGUCAAAACGGCAAUGACUAAAGAGAAGAGAGUAAACCAGAACCAAAGGAAAAGAAAGAAACCAUUGUCCUCUCAGUUUCUGUUGUGGGACUGGGAGCUUUGGCGAUCACAUUUUCCAUUUUAUCCGUUGCUGGGGAAAGUGCUGCUCUCCUCGUGCAACUUGGGUUGGAGCACCACAACAACAAAAAAUAAUCCGCCAGACUCGAAAAGAAACCUGAAUCCAUGAAAGGGAAUUGGGAACCCCUAUAACAGUCCCUCUUUUUCACUCCUUCAAAAAUCUCUCGCUCUGUGGUGUAAUUCCUGCUUCUGCCACUAGCCGACUACUACAAGACUCCCUGCAAUGGCGUCUUUCGCAAUUGGAUCACAUCACCUGAACCCAUUGCGCCAAUUCAAGAGACACUCACUCCAUCCUCCAUCAUCUCCCGCUUCUCCGCCGCCUUCGUUCGGCUCUUCCAACUGUAGAUUUCGAGGUUCAACUCGGUUCGGCGGUGGGCUGCUGGUGAGAGCAGAGGAUAAGGCUAGGGACUCGUCUUAUUCGUCGCCAAUUCAACAGAGGACUCAACAACCCAAUAGUACUCAACAGCUCCAGGAUUUCACAGAAGAAUCGGGGAACUGUGAUCCUAUAUGUUCUGUAGAUGAAACGAGUUCACAAGAAUAUGAGGCCAACUACCAGCCCAAGACAGACUUGUUGAAAGCUUUUGCAGUAGUGGGAACAGCUUUAACCGGAGCUGCGGCGAUUAAUCAUUCGUGGGUGGCGGCGAAUCAGAAUCUUGCUAUGGCAUUGCUGUUUGGAAUAGGAUAUGCUGGCAUUAUCUUUGAAGAGUCCCUUGCCUUCAAUAAAAGUGGGGUGGGAUUAUUGAUGGCUGUGAGCUUAUGGUCCGUUCGAAGUAUUGGAGCUCCUUCAGUUGAUAUUGCUGUCUCAGAGCUCCAACAUGCAUCAGCAGAAGUUAGUGAAAUAGUCUUUUUUCUGCUUGGUGCAAUGACAAUUGUUGAGAUAGUUGACGCUCAUCAAGGAUUUAAGCUAGUCACUGACAAUAUAACAACUCGAAAGCCACGCUCUCUGCUUUGGGUGAUUGGCCUAGUAACAUUUUUCCUGAGUUCAAUCCUUGAUAACCUGACAUCAACAAUUGUCAUGGUUUCUUUACUGAGAAAACUUGUGCCUCCCUCAGAAUACAGGAAGCUUCUAGGAGCAGUCGUUGUGAUUGCAGCAAAUGCUGGAGGUGCUUGGACUCCGAUUGGUGAUGUUACCACUACAAUGCUAUGGAUCCACGGUCAGAUUUCCACAUUGCCGACGAUAAAGGACUUGUUUAUACCUUCAGCGGUUUCUCUUGCUGUGCCCCUUGCACUUAUGUCCCUAACCAGUGAAGUUAACGGAAAGGGACAGGAUGCUGCAGAUGUCAUGCCAACCGAACAGAUGGCUCCUCGAGGACAGCUUGUGUUCUCUAUCGGUAUUGGAGCUUUGAUAUUUGUUCCUGUGUUCAAGUCCCUAACUGGGCUGCCUCCUUACAUGGGAAUGCUUCUUGGGCUUGGAGUUCUCUGGAUUGUCACCGAUGCCAUUCAUUAUGGUGAAUCAGACCGCCAGAGGUUGAAAGUACCCCAAGCUUUAUCACGCAUCGACACCCAGGGUGCCCUUUUCUUCCUCGGUAUCCUUCUCUCUGUCAGCAGUUUGGAGGCAGCCGGGCUUCUUCGCGAGCUAGCAAACUAUCUUGAUGCUCAUAUUCCGAACUUUGAGCUCGUGGCGAGUGCGGUGGGAGUCGUGUCUGCAAUCAUCGACAACGUCCCCCUAGUUGCUGCAACAAUGGGAAUGUACGACCUGACCUCGUUUCCCCAAGAUUCAGAGUUCUGGCAGUUGAUCGCUUACUGCGCUGGCACUGGUGGAUCCAUGCUUGUCAUUGGCUCGGCAGCUGGAGUUGCGUUCAUGGGGAUGGAGAAGGUUGACUUCUUCUGGUACUUGAAGAAGGUGAGUGGAUUUGCUUUUGCUGGCUAUGCUGCUGGAAUUGCUGCAUACUUGGCUGUUCAUAACCUGAACCUUUCGCUGCCCACAACACUGGCCGAGGUCCCAUUCCUUUCAGUUGUAUGUGCAUCUAAAGCAUAGUGGGGAUGCGAGUCCAGGUCCUGCCUGCUUUUUACCCUUCGGAGAAAUUCAGUGACAACCGGAGUUGGCAGGGAUCAUUACAGACUGCAGAUCAUUUAGAAGCAAGUUCUGCAAGUGUUGUUAUUUCAUAUCAGUUGUAGACUGCAAGAUGUAGUUUUUUGGAAGGGAAGGUUCUGCUUGUUAUUUCCAUUUGCUCUGUUGUAAUAAAAAAAAAGGUAUAAUGAUAAUGUAGUGAUGCAAAUUUCCAGAUCAUAUAAAAGGGAAGCCAGCCAAGGGAGUGACUCUACUUCCUCAAGUUAUAUAAAAUGGAAAAUCAGGA